UAAUAUCUACAAGCUCAAAUGUCAUUAUCAAGUACGGAGCUAAAUUACUUGGUAUGGAGGUAUUUGCAGGAGUCAGGCAAUGAGCUUGCGGCAUAUGCAUUUGAUAAGGAAACUCUGUGCCUGGAGUUCGAAAAAAACAAGGCGACUGAAGUUUUUUCUAAAAUUGAACCAGGUUACUUGGUCAACUUGGUACAGAAAGGAAUACUUUAUUCAUUGACCGAAGCUGACGCUAGAGAUGAAACCACACGACCUGAGAUAUUGACUUUCUUUGGUUCCCUCCUAAAGGAAGAAAAGUUCAUAGAAUUGUCAAAGACUCUUCCUACUACAAACGACGCAGAUGUGGAAAUGCGACCAGCAGAAGCAAAUGGAGGUGUCAAACACGAGAUAUCUGAUGUCUUCCACACUCAGAGAGUAUCGCCAACAAUACAGUUUGACCAGAGUUCUUUCUCCAAGUGGCAUCCUUCCACCAAUGUAUUGGCUUAUGUCAAGGCAGAUUCAAGCCUAUUGAUAAGUGCAAUAAGUGGUGAUAAAAUAGCUGAAAGUGCUUUCCUAAAAGGCCCUGGUCUUGAAAAUGUAUGUGACUUGACGGCCGUUUCCUGGUCACCAUUGGGUAAUUUAAUUGCAACUGCCAACCUUGUGGGUGAUCUUUCCUUAUGGUCCCCAGACGGUCGAUUAAGGAACAUCGCCAAAGGUGCUAUUCCCCACGAAGAAGGCACCAAGCCAGAAGUCAUAUUAGACAUCAAGUGGUCCCCAAAUGGCCAAUAUUUCCUCACUGGCGGUUCCAAUGGAAAAAUAUGCUUAUGGAAUGGCUCCACAUUAAAAUUGAUUCAAACCGUCACUCACUCCAGCAAGGCAUCUUCCGAAGGCUGGUCAACAUGCUGGCUAGAUGACCUAAGGUUUACCGUGUCUUGUAAGAGUAAUACUAUCAAGGUCAACCUCAUUGAUAACUCCAACGAUUUCACUGACGCUAAUACCGUUAUCAAAACUAUUGGCGAAUUAAGGGGACACGAAGGUCCAGCCUCAGCUUUGUCGUUUAACAAUGCUCUGAAAUUGCUUAUAUCAUAUUCGAAUAGCGAUAACUUGAUUAAGUUAUGGCUGCUGAACUCCCCUGCAUCUGAAUCCACUGUCUUAAGAGACGAACACAAGAUAUUACCAGUUGUCUUACUAUCAUGGUUCCCUCAGGAACUUAAUAGUGAUUUGAUCAGUGUAUCGAUAAAUGGAACCAUACGAACGUGGUCGUUGGACAAAGAGUCGCCCACCGACUCUGUAAAUAUCUUCAGGGAUGAUUCAUGCUACAACUUUGAUGAUAAAGAACCGCUCAAAAACAAUGGCUCUAUCGUAUACGCAGCAGAGUUGUCCCCGGAUGGGAAAUGGCUCGCGUUGGGAGACGACGCCGGAAGGGUUAGUAUUUGGGACGUGAGCGUAUCACCCAGGUGUAAGGGAAUAUUUGACCAGCAUGAUUUUGACGGUUCUAUCUUAAAUGCCGAGUCUGGUAACGGGAUCUCAUUCAUAAGUUGGAACCAGGGUAGCGACAACUUGAGUGUUUCUUUUCACGGAGCUCCCAGUGUCAUCAUCAACUGGAACGCAUAACAAAACCUACUGUAUUAUAGUAUCAUUUCGAUGGCACAAAAUCUUGUAUUAUUAGUUAUUUUAAUUGAUUGAAUUACAUUAGC